AUGCUGUAUUAUUUGCAAUCCACAGAUCCAAACAAUUAUGGAACAAUCCAAUUCCAUGCAGACCCAAACAUGGGUCAUCCGACAAAAGUUAUGAUGAGAGUGAGGUCAAUUAAUACAUAUGCAAACUUUGCAUUAUCUACUAAAGUUGAUUACACAACAUUUAAGGCAGAAAAAGAACCAGAUGUAUAUACUCCAUCUCAUGAAGAGUUAUUUCUAACAUAUUACUUUGAAGAUAAGUGUAAAUAUGAUGAACAUAACUACUUAGACUAUUUACAGAAAAAUGUGUUUACACAAGAUGAAAAACCAACAAUUACUGUCAACCAAGACCCAUUUGGUAGAAUCAAACUUUCUAUAACAUCAGAAAACACAGAUACUUUCAAAAUAGUUGAUGCAUCACAUAGAGCAAUGAUGUUAUUAGGUAUGUAUAACUCAAAGCUACCAUUAGUAUUUGACAAAGAUGGUGAAUACUUCUCAUUAACAAUGCCAUCAACACCAUAUUUAUCAUUCGGUAAUGAACUAUUCUUAAGGUCAUCAUUAUCAUCAAUUUCUGGCUUCAAUAACAUUGCAGGAGUAAAAAAUUCAACAAACGUGAUGUACAGAAGUGUUUAA